AAAUUGCUUUGAUUUAUUUUAUGAGGAAGACCGACCUAGCCCAGCCCUCUCUGUCUCUUUACGCGUUUGCUUGAUAACCUGCCUCUUUCCUUCUGUUUUCAUCUUCUUCUUCUUCUUCUCACUUCAAAGAAAUCUAUAAAUAUUCUCCGCCCUGUCUCUCGAUCCCUUGUUCCUUUUUUUCUCCUUUUAUUUUCUUGGGAAAUGAAGAAAUCAAAAUUAUCGAAGCAAGACAAAUUUGACAUAUUCAUUUCCUUAUCAAAACAACGAUCGAUUCAAAUUCUAUUCAUCGUUGGUUUCUUGUACAUAGUUUUGGUUACUGUCGAGAUCCCAUUCGUGUUCCGAACUGGCUUCAAUACUUUGUCUCAAGAGCCGUUAACUCGGCUUCCCAGACUCGCCAGCCAGGUGGAUGUUCAACAGAAGGAAGCCCCUAGUCGUCCCUUGAGUUGGGUUUCCAAAAACUCGCCUUCCCCAACUCGGUUUCAACAUAACCAGCAACUCAGAACUCAGUCUGGGAUCGUUUCCAAUUUGUCUUUCGAUGACAAAACCUUCGAUCCGAGUGGCAAAGGCGGGUCCUUGGAGCUCCAUAAGUCCGCAAAAGUCGCUUGGGAACUUGGGAGAAAGCUAUGGGAAAAACUGGAAUCAGGGAAAGUUAAAAUUGACUUGAUAAAGAAGCCCGACAAUGGAUUCGAACUGUGUCCGCCUUCGGUUUAUUUAUCCGGGUCGGAAUUUUCGGCCCAUGGCAAGGUCAUGGAGCUGCCCUGCGGGCUUACUUUGGGGUCUCACAUAACGGUGGUGGGGAAACCGAGAGGAGCCCACCCAGAGACUAAGCCGAAAAUUGCGUUGUUGAAGGAUGGGGAAGACUCUGUUAUGGUUUCGCAGUUUAUGAUGGAAUUGCAGGGUUUGAAGACGGUGGAUGGGGAGGAGCCACCGCGGAUUCUUCAUUUUAAUCCGAGGUUGAAAGGGGAUUGGAGUAGGAAGCCGGUGAUUGAGCAGAACACUUGUUAUAGGAUGCAAUGGGGAUCCGCUAUGCGUUGUGAAGGGUGGAAGUCUAAGGCCGACGAGGAGACUAUUGAUGGUCAGGUGAAGUGUGAGAAGUGGAUCCGGGAUGAUAAUGAUCACUCUGAGGAGUCUAAGGCAACAUGGUGGUUGAAACGGUUAAUAGGCCGGACUAAAAAGGUGACCGUUGACUGGCCCUUCCCAUUUGCUGAGGGCAAGCUUUUUGUCCUGACUCUUAGUGCUGGUUUAGAGGGAUAUCAUGUUAAUGUUGAUGGGAGGCAUAUUACUUCUUUUCCUUAUCGAACUGGAUAUACCCUUGAGGAUGCCACUGGACUAACUUUGAAUGGGGACAUUGAUGUGCACUCUGUAUUUGCAGCAUCUUUGCCUACAUCACAUCCUAGUUUUGCUUCUCAAAGGCAUCUUGAGAAGUCCUACAGAUGGAAGGCUCCACCACUUCCUGAGCAGCCUGUGGAACUGUUUAUUGGUAUACUUUCGGCAGGCAAUCAUUUUGCCGAGCGGAUGGCUGUAAGGAAGUCUUGGAUGCAGCAUAAACUUGUUAAAUCUUCAAAUGUGGUUGCUCGUUUCUUUGUGGCAAUGCAUGCAAGAAAGGAAGUGAAUGUGGAAUUGAAGAAAGAAGCAGAAUUUUUUGGAGAUAUUGUUAUUGUGCCUUAUAUGGAUAACUACGACCUUGUUGUUUUAAAAACUGUUGCCAUCUGUGAAUAUGGGGCCCGUGUGGUGUCUGCCAAGUACAUUAUGAAGUGUGAUGAUGACACAUUUGUGAGAGUAGAUGCAGUUAUUAAUGAAGCAAAGAAAGUACAUGAGGGCAGGAGCUUCUAUAUUGGAAACAUCAACUAUUACCAUAAGCCCCUGCGGUCUGGUAAAUGGGCAGUAACAUAUGAGGAAUGGCCAGAGGAAGCUUAUCCACCCUAUGCAAAUGGGCCAGGAUACAUACUGUCAUCUGACAUUGUAAUCUUUAUUGUGUCUGAGUUUGAAAGACACAAAUUAAGAUUGUUCAAAAUGGAAGAUGUGAGCAUGGGAAUGUGGGUGGAGAAAUUCAACAGCUCAAAACCAGUGGAUUAUCUGCAUAGCUUGAAGUUCUGCCAGUUUGGAUGCAUAGAAGAUUAUUAUACAGCUCACUACCAGUCCCCAAGACAGAUGAUCUGCAUGUGGGAUAAGUUGCAAAGGCAGACAAGGCCUCAAUGUUGCAACAUGAGAUAAUACUGGUUGUAAUACUUCCUUGGUAUCUCUCGCAUGUAGACAAAUUUUGCAGGCAUAGUCUCAAAUCUCAAUGUUGUAUAUUUUGUGGAGGGAUGGGUUAGUGUAUUUAGGUUGUCUCAAUUCAAAUUUAUUCUUUUUAUUAGUUUGUUCCUUUCUUACCUUUCUAAGUUCUUUUUUCUUUUCUUUUUCUUUUCCAUUUUUUUGGGUUUUUUUCUCAAAGAAACGGGGCAUGUUAAGAGGCAAAAGAAGGUGGUGAAUGGUGCAGAUCAGAAAAUGAAAGAGAGGUGGACGAUAUAGGUGCAGUGCUGGUAACAUUUUUGUGGCAUCUCCUUGUGUAAUUUCCAGCAUGGUUUUGAUAAUGGCAUCAGAUGGAAAUGAAUAGUUCUCCUUGCUUCUUU